AUGGACUGGCUCCUGCUAUUCUUCCUCCACCCUGUGUCACUGUAUCAAGGGGCAGCUUUUCCUUUUGCACUUCUAUUUAAUUCUCUCUGCCUCAUGGAUUCAUUUUCCACACGGGCCAGGUAUCUCUUUCUUCUGGCUGGAGGCGGGGCGCUGGCCCUGGCGGCCCUGCGGGCCUAUGCUGUGCUGGUCUUCGUUCCUGCUCUGUGCACGGCGGUCCUGCUCUCCUCUCUCGGCCCACACCAGGUCCACAGGCUGACUUUCUCCUUCCAGAUGAGCUGGCAGACCCUGUGCCACUUGGGUCUUCACUACACCGAGUAUUACCUGCAGGAGCCUCCUUCCGUGAGGUUCUGCCUCACUCUUUCUUCCCUCAUGCUCUUGACCCAGAGGGUCACAUCCCUCUCUCUGGACAUCUGUGAGGGGAAGGUGGAGGCGGCAUCAGGAGGCGUCCAGAGCAGGAGCACGCUGUCUGAGCACCUGUGUAAGGCUCUGCCCUAUUUGAGCUACUUGCUCUCUUUCCCUGCUCUCCUGGGAGGCUCCCUAUGUUCCUUCCAGAGAUUUCAGGCUCGUAUUCAAGGGUCUAGCUCUUUGUGUCGUGAGCCCUCUCUCCGGGCCCUGUCCUGGAGGGGUGUGCAAAUUCUUGGACUGGAGUGCCUCAAGGUGGCUCUAGGGAGGAUGGUGCGUGCAGGGGCGGGACUGGACGACUGCCAGCAGCUUGAAUGCGUCUAUGUCAUGUGGUCCACCGCUGGGCUCUUCAAACUCACCUACUACUCCCAGUGGAUCCUGGACGACUGUCUCCUCCAGGCCGCAGGCUUUGGGUCUGAGUGUGCUCAGUGGCCUGGGGAGGAGGGCUAUGUCCCUGACGCAGACAUCUGGACUCUGGAGACGACCCACAGGAUAGCCCUGUUCACGAGAACGUGGAACCAAAGCACAGCUCGGUGGCUCCGCAGGCUCAUCUUCCAGCAAAGCCGGGGGUGGCCGCUGCUGCAGACGUUUGCCUUCUCCGCCUGGUGGCACGGGCUCCACCCGGGGCAGGUGUUUGGCUUCCUUUGCUGGGCUGUUAUGGUGGAAGCUGACUACCUGAUCCACACCUUUGCCCGCGUGUUCAUCAGAUCCUGGCCCACGCGGCUGCUCUACAGGGCCCUCACGUGGGCCCACACGCAGCUCAUCAUCGCCUACAUCAUGCUGGCCGUGGAGCUGAGGAGCCCCUCCUCCCUCUGGCUGCUGUGCGGUUCUUACAGCAGCGUCUUCCCCGCGCUCUACUGUGUUUUGCUCAUCCUCCUAGCGAAGAGGAAGCGCAAACGGAACUGA